UUAAUCUGGGAGCUGCACAACCAACAACUGCAAACUCCAAUCAGACUACUUCCUCAGCAAAUCAGCAGGUACCGGACAAUCCACCAAACUACAUUCUGUUCCUCACUAAUUUGCCUGAAGAGACCAAUGAGAUGAUGUUGUCUAUGCUGUUUAACCAAUUUCCCGGUUUCAAAGAGGUGCGUUUGGUGCCUGGACGACAUGACAUUGCUUUUGUGGAGUUUGAGAAUGAAGGGCAGGCUGGAGCUGCACGCGAUGCGUUACAGGGAUUCAGAAUUACACCUUCUCAUGCCAUGAAGAUCACGUAUGCCAAGAAAUAACUCUGGGGCUGGGGGCGGGGAGGGAGAUCAACUUGUUUUAUUCCAGUUUUUUUGUUUGGGGCUUGGUUUUAGUUCACUCAUCGUCUGAAGUAAACCAACAAAAACAAUUCCUGAGCCACCUUGUAAGGAUUACAGUCUUAUCAAUUGCAGAAAUGUGACUUUGAAACUAAAAGUGAUUGGUCGCAUUGUCACUUUCAGAAGACGUACGAAGCAGACAUUCAACUGUGUUAAAUUAUAUGGCUGAAUUAGACGGUGUGUUCUUGGAAAGAUGCUGUUCUGAUAUUUUAUACAAUAAAGAUAGAUUUUUCACUC